AUGCCACCUGCUUUCACUCUGUACGGCGCCCGCGGCUCUACAAACACCGACCGUGUCCGACUCUCGCCGAGGCUGGCUUCACCGACUACGAACUCGUGCUCGUUAACUUGCAACAGGUCGGUAGAGAAUAUAAAGCGUCACCUGUGGGGCAAGGUCCCCGUCGUCACGUUCCCUGACAGCUUCAAUCUCUAUGAGAGCCGUGCAAUCUGCAAGUACCUCGCCAGCAAGUACUCCUUCCCGCCCCUACCCUUAGGCCCAGACGCCAAAGCUGCGGGGCUAUUUGAUCAGGCCCAGUCAGAGGAGAUGCUCUUGUUGGUAUCACAGGGAUCGCAAUCAAGGUAG